GACACGCAGGGCAGUCCUCAUCGCGGAAUGAAUGUAGAGAUGUUCUGUGCUAAUCUGAAGUCUCAAACUCCUGAAACAUGUUUUACAAUUGAUCUGGCAAUGUCAAUGCGUGAGGCGCAUGUCAGUGAUGAAGACAAGAGAGCUGAAGAGAAUAAGACAAACUCAGAGACCUGUACGCGCUCAGACGGGUGAUCCAUACAUAUCCCAUGGACUCCAACAUAUCCUAAAUGGACUCCAGUCGAGUCUAUAUGCUACCGAAUUGAGUUAUUUUACGCAGGGUAAAUGAUUACAUUUGUCUCUUGAGGAAAUUCAGUCCACAUAACGAAGAAAACAGAUCAAGAUUUUGCCGUCAACAGUCUGGUGUUUGUGCGGGUAUUGAUUUGGGGUUCUUGGGUGCACGCACAGCUCUAACUCCACCUUGGCUGGAACCUGAGAGAAGCUGAACACUCUGUUGAAAGGACACGAUGACUCCUUGAGAAAAGUUCCACCAAACACAGCCCAUGUGAAUGUCAACAUUUUCCUCAGAAGGAAAGUCACAUGACCAGUUCAUAGCUUGGAGUGCCCUAGUUGGAUGCCUUGAGGAGAUCUCCCAUUGUGUCAGACUCUCCUAAGCUUGUCCAUAAAUGCCUUGAGGCCUCUACUCUGAUUUGUGUGUGUGUGUUUGUGGAGAUGGAGGGAAUACUAGGACUUUCCUGGAUCAUGCUGGUGGUCUUGAUGGUGGCCGGUCCUGUUGAUCACGUUCAAGUGAGUGGCCAAGCCACCGAACGCCGCGUGCUGGCUUACCUCCCCGGCGACAUCAUCAUUGGCGCGCUCUUCUCCGUCCACCAUCAACCGCCGGCCGACAAAGUCCACGAGCGCAAGUGUGGCGCGGUGCGGGAGCAGUACGGCAUCCAACGCGUGGAGGCCAUGAUGCACACACUGGACCGCAUCAACGCCAACCCGCACAUCCUGCCCAACAUCACGCUGGGCUGCGAGAUCCGCGACUCCUGCUGGCACUCGGCCGUGGCCCUUGAGCAGAGCAUCGAGUUCAUCCGCGACACCCUGGUAUCCGCCGAGGAGGAGGAGAGCAACGCGCGUUGCCUCGGUGACGAGGGUUUCACGCCCAUCAGUGGCAAGAAGCCCAUCGUGGGCCUGAUCGGACCCGGGUCCAGCUCGGUGGCCAUCCAGGUCCAGAACCUCCUGCAGCUGUUCAACAUCCCACAGAUCGCCUACAGUGCCACCAGCAUGGACCUGAGUGACAAAAGCCUCUUCAAGUACUUCAUGCGGGUAGUGCCCUCGGAUGCACAGCAGGCCCAGGCCAUGGUGGACAUCGUCAAGAGGUACAACUGGACCUACGUCUCCGCCAUUCACACAGAAGGCAACUAUGGUGAGAGUGGGAUGGAGGCCUUCAAAGACAUGGCCGCCAAAGAAGGCAUAUGCAUCGCCCACUCAGACAAAAUCUACAGCAACGCAGGCGAGCCGAGCUUUGACCGGCUCCUGGAGAAACUGCGCAGCCACCUUCCCAAGGCCCGUGUUGUCGCCUGCUUCUGCGAGGGCAUGACCGUGCGUGGAAUCCUCAUGGCCAUGAGACGGCGCCACCUAGUGGGCGAGUUCCUGUUGGUGGGCAGUGACGGGUGGGCAGAUCGCCAUGACGUGACAGACGGAUAUCAUCAGGAGGCUGCCGGUGGGAUCACCAUCAAGCUCCAGUCUGCCUACGUCACCUGGUUCGAUGAUUACUACCUGAACCUGCGCCCCGACAUCAACCUAAGGAACCCCUGGUUCCCUGAGUUCUGGCAGCACCGGUUCCAAUGCAGGCUGAGCGGUCACCCACAGGAGAACACCAAAUACAACCGCACCUGCAAUGAGAAAGAGUCCCUUCGUCAUCAGUACACCCAGGACACUAAGAUGGGCUUCGUGAUCAACGCCAUCUACUCCAUGGCCUAUGGCCUGCACGCCAUGCAGAGGACGUUGUGUCCCGGAGUCACAGGCCUCUGCAGCGCCAUGAGGCCCAUCGACGGACAGAAGCUUCUGGAAUUCCUCAUGAAGACCAACUUCACAGGGGUGUCCGGCGAGGUCGUGCUGUUUGAUGAGAAUGGAGACUCCCCAGGACGGUAUGAGAUCAUGAACUUCAAGCAGAUGAGUGACGAUGAGUACGACUACAUCCAUGUGGGCAGCUGGGACAAGUGGGGCCUGCGCAUGGAUGACGAAGAGAUCUGGAUGAACCAGAGCUCCAUCAUCAGAUCCGUCUGCAGCGAACCCUGUGAGAAGGCCCAGAUUAAGGUGAUCCGCAAAGGUGAGGUGAGCUGCUGCUGGACGUGCACACCGUGUAAGGAGAACGAGUACGUGUUCGAUGAGUACACCUGCCGCGCCUGUGAACUCGGGGCCUGGCCGACCGACGACCUGAAAGGCUGUGAGCCCAUCCCUGUCCACUACCUGCGCUGGGGUGACCCCGAGCCCAUCGCCGCUGUGGUCUUCUCCUGCCUGGGCCUGCUGGCCACCACCUUCGUGACGGUCAUCUUCAUCUGGUUCCACGACACUCCGGUGGUCAAGUCGUCGAGCCGCGAGCUGUGCUUCAUCAUCCUGGCGGGCAUCUGCAUCGGCUACCUGUGCACCUUCUGCCUGAUUGCCAAGCCCCACAUGGCCUACUGCUACCUGCAGCGGCUUGGCAUCGGCCUCUCGCCCGCCAUGAGCUACUCGGCGCUGGUCACCAAGACCAACCGCAUCGCCCGCAUCCUGGCGGGCAGCAAGAAGAAGAUCUGCACCAAGAAGCCGCGCUUCAUGAGCGCCUGUGCCCAGCUGGUCAUCGCCUUCGUCCUCAUCUUCCUCCAGCUGGCCAUCAUCGUGGCGCUCUUUGUCAUGGAGCCACCGCAGGUCAUCUACGACUACCCCAGCAUCAGCGAGGUGCACCUCAUCUGCAGUACCUCCACCACCACAGUGGUGGCGCCGUUGGGCUACAACGGACUGCUCAUCCUCAGCUGCACCUUCUACGCCUUCAAGACGCGCAACGUCCCUGCCAACUUCAACGAGGCCAAGUACAUCGCGUUCACCAUGUACACCACGUGCAUCAUCUGGCUGGCCUUCGUGCCUAUCUACUUCGGCUCCAACUACAAGAUCAUCACCAUGUGCUUCUCGGUGUCGCUGAGCGCCACGGUGGCGCUGGGCUGCAUGUUCGCGCCCAAGGUCUACAUCAUGCUGGCCAAGCCCGAGAGGAACGUGCGCAGUGCCUUCACCACCUCCACCGUGGUCAGGAUGCACGUUAAGGACGGCAAAACGGCGCAGACAGCACGCAGCUCCAGCAGCAUGGCCAACCUGUUCAGACGACGCAAGUCCGACCACGAAGUCAGUUCUAAUGGUAAGUCAGUGACGUGGGCGGCGAAUGAACGUGGCUACAGACCCAACCUGUGGAAGCGCAUCUCCAUCCACAUCAAGAAGAAGGAGGAGAUUAACCAGACGGCCAUCAUCAAGCCCUUCUCCAAGGACUGUGACGGGUCAGGUGAUGGCAGCAUGAAGAUGUCGGGUAAGGGCCAGCAGAUGGUACAGUGCCACCCGGUGGGCACCUACCGCCCCCGCUCCCCGUCCCCCCUCCCCACCAUCUCCCAGCGCACCUCCCUGCGGACUCGCGAGGAGGAGGAUGCUGCUGCGACCGCGGCGGAGGAGGAAGAGCGGCACGACCGCGUGGUGGCACUGCCCUCGUACCUGAGCGAGCGUCAGCAUGAGCAGCAGCAACAGCAGCAUCCUGCUCUCACCCUCCGUCAGCACCAGCUGCAGCAGCACCACCCUCCCCCGCAGCAGCAGCAGCAUCCCCAGCACCAGCACCAGCUGCACCACCACCACCCACAGCAGCAUCAGCACCAGCAGCGGACCGGCUCCCCCCCGCAGGGCUCCAUCAUGGACCAGAUCAGCUGUGUGGUGCACCGCUUCACGGCCAACAUCAGCGAGCUCAACAGCAUGAUGCUGCCUGGCAGCUCUGCGCCUCCAGGGGGCGCCACCUCCGCCAACGGCGCCGCGGCCGCUGGGGUCCUCCUGCCCUCCUCGCCCUCGCCCUCCUUCCUCAUCCAGCACGACAUGCAGCUGCCCGCCACCGUCACCACCUACGCCGAAGUGGUCGCCGUCAGUAACGUCAACCCGCACGCGCUCGGCGGCAGUCUGGCGGCGGCCGCAGCCGCUUCAGCGAACCGCAUGUCUCCCAACAGGCUGAUGAGCAACAGCACGUUCAAGUCCUCGCCCAUCUCCGUCUCUGUCUCCGCAUCCGCUUCGGCCGUCGCGGUCAAGCCGCCCGAGCUGGAGGAGCUUGUGGCGCUGCAGCCGCCGUCGCCCUUCAGAGAUUCGUCUCUGGGCUCGGCCAGCGAGUCGUCCACCUCCCUGGCCUCGCAGGCCGGCAUGGGAGAGCAGCAGCAGCCCUCCCCGCUCUACGACAGGCUCAUGCUGCGACACUACAGCCAGAGCUCCUCCUCUCUCUAAAGACUACAUUUUCCAGACUGCAGAGCUCCUGCUCUUUCUAAAGACUACAUUUCCCAGACUGCAGAGUUCCUCCUGUCUCUAAAGGCUACAUUCCCAGACUGCAGAGUUCCUCCUGUCUCUAAAGGCUACAUUCCCAGACUGCAGAGUUCCUCCUCUCUCUAAAGACGACAUUUCCCAGACUGCAGAGUUCCUCCUCUAAAGGGGGAAGCCUGAGACACAGCACACAACAUAUAAAACGUUUGAUAACACAGACAAUGAGACAGACAAUGUAUUAAAGAAGAAACAGCAGGACAUGGGUGGGUGGAUGGGUGGAUGGUGGGGGGGGGGUGGGGGGGGUGUACUGUGGAACAGUACUGGAACUGUUCUGGGGUUAGACUAUAUCUCCCAGACUGCAGCUUAAAAUGCUGGAAAUGACUAAACAGCAGACACACACAUACACACACACACACACAAACACGCACACAUGCACAUACACACAGAAGCAGAGUGAGAGAGAAAUGUGUGAUAAGUGAUGAGGAGGUGGUGUGUGUGUGUGUGUGUGUGUGUGUGUGUGUGUGUGUGUGUGUGUGGUGUUGAUGGAGUUGUUAAUUAGCAGAUGGCAGACUCUGCUGCACUGGUGGCAGAUCUGUGUUGGACCUCCUCCAGAGACAGUGGCUAUUUGGGUCAGGCUUCACCCGCCUUCGGUUCCGAUCCUGCCCACAGGGCAGCCCCCCUGAACGAGUCCCUCGGACUCCCCACGCACCCAGUGGCUUGUCUUACACAAAAAUGCCUUUGAACUCCCGACACACAACGUCUCUGAGAAGCCAUACGAAACAAUGAGCCGCCACAGAGUCAAACAGUCUGACUGGCACAUCAUCACUACUUGAAGUCACAUUGCUCUGACUACCCUUUUGUCUGGUUUUGCUGUGAAAAAACAAAACCACACGGCAAAAACUUAACUCAACAGUAGUUUUGGAAUAAACUUUUUCUUGGUAUGGACAUAAAACCCUUUGGGAAACCUCAAGCAAAAAGAGACCAUAGUUGCUUAUUCUGGUCUGGGUUUAGCCUGGAUUGACCUGGGUUUGGCCUGGAUUGUCCAGGACUGACCUGGGUAUGGCCUGGAUUGACCCUGGUAUGGCCUGAAUUUGGUCUGGCUUUGGCCUGGAUUGACCCGGGUUUGGCCUAGAUUGACCUGGAUUUGGCCAGGAUUGACCUGGGUUAGACCCAGAUCUGGCCUGGGCUUGGCCAGUAUCUGGACUGGGACAGACCCAGUUUAUUCCUAGAGUGAUCUACUGUGUGAAGCCCAAACUCACAUUCCAACCACAGAUGUGUGACGAGGUCCUUAGUCUGUUGGCCUACUGGCCCUUGUGCAUCAGGUGUCCUCACAAACACAGUCAGUGAAUGUAUUUUUCUACACUAACUUCAGUUGAUUCAAGUAAUUCAAUUAAUUCAGACAGUGGGACCAAAUUCCACAUUCCACAGUUUUAAGACCAAGUAGUUCAGUUCAUUUCAAUUUGUGAGUGCUCUUUAAUCACUGGUAGAGAAUCUGCAUGAUCAAAAGUGAUCUUCUUAAGUAUUUUUGAAAUCCUGCCAUUUUUCUGCUAAUGUCACAUUAUGUUAUCAAACGUAAGUAUAUUUUCAUAAUUUCUCAAUUGUAAAAUUCCACAGUGGCAUCUAGAUGUUGUUUUUAUCCUGGACUAAAACACAGAAUGAUAUGCUUAUGUCUCAUUUAGGGAACUGUAAAGUAAUGUUUUGCCUACUUUAGGAAGAUAAUGCUACGGUACAUUGAAGAGACUAGACAAGGAGUCCUAUUCCUUAGAGGUUUCGGAUUUCCUCCCUACUGAAGAGUUUGGACCAAUGACCUCAAUACCAAUCAGUUUUUGCACAGCAAUCUAAUGCUUGAUGUAACCGAUUGAUCCAAAAUGCUGCCGCUUUGAUUGUAGUGCCAGCCUCACCACGUAAACAAAAAUUAUUUCUCAGAAUCAGAAUACAAAAAAUGUGUUCAGCGGUGAAUAAAGAGUUUGGGUGCUGUUGCUUCAUAUAUGAAUACAUACUGUAGGUUUAUGGAGCCAGAUAGAUGCCACCUUGCAAGAAGUUGGUCUACAUGUGUUGGUCUACGUGUUUUAAACAGCCAAAACCAAGCUGACCUUUUCAAAGAGCUGAAACUAGGUAGCUAUGGAAAGUAACAAGCGAAAAACAGAGGUGAUUGGUGCUUUUGUGGGGUUAUGAGUAUUUUUAAAAACAACAAAGACAGUUUCGAAACACUAUCUCCUGACUGUGUACGUUCAUCAUAAAGUGCCAAAAUCCUACCUGGCUCCACAAGACUAGUGAACAUCAAACAUAGUGUAGUUGGGUAGGGAACCAGCGCUGCUGUGCUUGGUGAGAUGUUUUGACCUCUUUUUCUAGAUUUUUUUAGAUAUGACUCUUCAAUGAGAAGUAGGUAUAGAGCAAUAGGAAUGAUAGAUAUGAAUGUAUCGAGCAUAUAGAAUCCAUAUACAUAAUUUGCUAAGACCAAACUAAAUUCUUUAUAUACAAGAUGUGGCUUUAAAAUAAUGAGGCUGUUACUACAACUGUUUUCUCAUUUCAAUUGAAUUACUACAUUAUUCUCAUUAUUUAAUAAUAGUCACACCUUGUAUAAUGUAUUAUAUAACUGUACAUCUGGUUUUUGCAUGAGAUAGAUGCAUAAUCCAAGCUCUUGUUUGGUAAUGCCUUUCUUUGUCAGUAAUGUAGACAUAUGUUUGAGUGAUUUAACAAUAAGCUGUUCAAUAGACUUCUCCAAUAGGGCAUGGGACCAUAAUACAUUUCAAAUUCUGAUCCAGAGUGUUAUACUUUUUCUUUCUUACUGACUGCAGGCUCAUCUUGAGUCUUGACAGUCCGCUUACCUACACCCUUUAUUAGUCAACAGUGUGCAGUGUUAUGGUCAUAUCAGCACUGACGUUUUUGGUGGUACGUACAUAAUCACAUUUGCAUGCAACACAGUGCCAACAUCCAAUAUCAAAGUGCUUAUACUAAUGCCGGAGGACCUUUUCUACAAAUGUUUGUACUGUUUGUCUUUUUGAAAGAAAUGUAACUUGAUAUUUAUGAUGUCUUCAUGUCUUUUAUGUAAAUUUCAUAUUCAUAUCUAUUAUGACAUGAAUGGCUGUUUAUAAUGAAGAUACUUUGUUUAGCUUUGUAAAUUUACAAAUCUGUAAUGUGCUAUAUUUGAUUAUUUAAGCAUUUUUUCCUGAAGCUUACUAUGAUGUUUCAAGACAUGUUGUGUUG